UUUGUGUUUUAUACAUGUAGUGUCUUUGAUGAACCUGCUGAUUGGCUAAUAUCAAAAAAUGCUAUCAAGGCGACUGUCUAAUGUGGCUAAGCACGCCGUAAAUGUUUUGACCAAAACCAAAGCGGCUAACUCAAAGCAGGACUCGGCUCUCAUGUCAGCUGAGGAAACGACAAAUGAUCCCUGUAGUCACUUCGCUGCUUUUAAAAACAUAGAAGACUAUCUGAACGUCACACUUAUUCAAUACGUCAAACGAGAGGAGGACGGCGAUGAUUGUAAUAAAUAGUUAUUUUACAUACUGGUCACGGUGUAAUCUUCUUUUUAUUUUAUUUUUUCUCUAACACUAUAUAAACUAUUCCUUUACUUCUGCC